AUGGCAGACGCAAUGUUAUCGAACAAAGGCCCUGGAAUGCCUCCCCACGCCCCCCUCUCCGAAAAAAGCAACGAUGAGCCCUCAAGGGCCUCAACUGCCGACAAGCAGCCCGCAGAAGAGCCACAAUACCCAGGGAAAGCCAAGUUCGCGGCAAUUCUAGUUGGCCUUAAUCUUUCCAUGUUUUUAGUCGGCCUCGACAACACUAUCCUCUCGAGCGCCAUCCCCAAAAUCACUGAUCGAUUUCAUGCCCUGGGUGACGUGGGCUGGUAUGCCAGUGCGUACCUGUUGACAAACUGUGCCUUCCAGCUCAUGUGGGGAAAGCUAUAUACAUUCUACGUCGUGAAGUGGGUGUACCUGGUCGCGCUGUUCCUCUUUGAACUCGGAUCUCUCGUCUGCGCCGUAUCUCCCUCGUCAACGGCUCUGAUUGUUGGUCGCGCUAUUGCCGGCGUUGGCGCUGGCGGUGUCACAAACGGCUCAUUCUUUCUCAUCGCGCACUCCGUUCCCGCACCGAAACGCCCAACAUUCGUCGGUCUUCUGGGAGCCAUGUACGGCUUCUCUGCAAUCGCGGGCCCGCUCAUGGGCGGUGCUUUCACUGACAACGCCUCGCUGACCUGGCGAUGGUGCUUCUAUAUCAACCUUCCGCUUGGUGUUGUUCCAACAGCCUGUAUCAUUUUCUUGAUCCCUGCCUUUGCCGGUAGUGACAAGGGCCAGACUGGUUUCAUGAACCAGGUGAAGCAGAUGGAUGUGCCUGGUACACUUUGUCUACUUCCUGGAGUUGUCUGCCUGCUGCUUGCGCUGCAGUGGGGUGGAACGAAAUACGAGUGGAGGAAUGGGCGCAUCAUCGCGUUGCUUGUCCUUGCUGGUGUGCUCCUCAUCGCGUUUACGGUCAUUCAGUACUUUAGCGGUGAUCGUGCAACGGUUCCGAAGCGCGUGUUCGGAAACCGCAAUGUUUGGGGUGCAGCUCUGUUUGGAUCUGGUGUCACCGCUGGCUUCUUCCUGAUGCUCUACUACAUCCCCAUCUGGUUCCAAGCGAUAAAGGGCGCAUCUGCAAUCCGCUCCGGCGUCAUGAACCUCCCCAUGGUCCUCGCCUACGUCUUCUUCUCGCUGUCCGGCGGCUACCUCACAACCGUCAUCGGCUACUACGUGCCCUUUGCCUACGCAACGGUAAUCUUCAUGUCCGUCGGCGCCGGCCUCCUCACAACCUUCACCGUCUCCUCGGGCUCCUCCCACUGGAUCGGCUACCAAUUCCUCUUCGGCGCGGGCGUCGGGCUCGGUCUGCAGACUGCAUUCGCCGCGCCGCAGUGCACGCUCCCCAUUGAGGAUAUCGCCAUCGGAACGGCUAUCGUCAUGUUCCUCGAGAACCUUUCGGCCGCUGUCUUUGUUUCUGUCGGGCAGAAUGUGUUUACCAACCAGCUCACGACGAAUGUGCGGGUUUAUGCGCCGGAGGUCGAUACGACGAAGUUGAUUGAGGGGGGUGCGACGGAGAUUCAGAGGAAUGUGCCACAGGUGUUUUAUGAUGCGGUGCUGUUUGCGUACAACAAGUCGUUGACGCAGACGUUUUAUGUGGGCGUCGCCUUGAGCUGUGUGGGGAUUUUGGGAGUGGUCGUCAUGGAGUGGGUUAAUGUGAAGGGAAAGAAGGGGGAGGGGGAAAAGAAGGAGGAAAAGCAGGAGGGCGAGCAGACGGAGGAUGUUUAA